CACAGGCCUUUGACUACUUCUCUCGCCCGCAUCCCCAUCCUUCCCAUCCGCCGUGCUCGCUCAUUUCACCCCCUCCCCGCGGCCGCGGCUGUGAAAGGGCCACCUUACUAAGCCGUUCUUGGCAUCGCCGCAGCGCUCAUCCAGUAUUUCACACCUCCGCCACCCUGCUCUUUCGUUCAUCACCUCAAAGCCUGCCGCACCACUCAAUAGCCCACGUAACCUCCGCUUCGCUCUCGAAUACAAGAACUGCGCGACGUCCAGCAUCGAAGCGCGGCCUGAGCGCGAGACAUCGCCAUGCCCCCGAAGCGCAAAGCCCAGGCAACUGCCGAGGCCGACGAGGGCUGGGACUCGCAGGAUGAAGAGGCUUUGAGUGACCAAGAGCUAUUCGAUAAGCUGAAGGAGGAGUUCUCGCUCAACGCCUCUGCGAAGAGGCUACGGGCGGAGCAACGUAAAGAUGCGGCAUCCUUCCUCUUCAAGAUGGAUCAGUGGGAUGCCGCGCUGAAGCCGGACCAUGCCAGCCGCCCUCUAUGGGUCGACUAUCGCGGACGCAUCAUCCUGGAAUCAUUUAGCCCCAUAUUCGAUGAGGCCCAGGACUUCUUGAUCAACAUUGCCGAACCGCAGUCUCGUGUGUCGCGCAUGCAUGAGUACAGACUGACCGCACACAGCCUCUUUGCCGCCGUGUCCGUGGGACAUUCAAGCAAAGAAAUCAUUGACAGACUGGAGAAGUACUCAAAGACAGCGCUAAGUCCAGGGCUCGUCUCCUUCAUCGAGAAGUCCACCUCCUCUUUCGGGAAGGCGAAAAUCGUUCUGAAGAAGACGCUGUCCUACAUCGAGAGCGACGAUCCCACUAUUCUUCAGCGGCUGCUCAAAGACGAGACCGUCGCAUCAUGCAGAGCAGAUACGACAGCCGGCUUAAUUCAAGAAGCUGCUCCCAAAAUAGGUGUGAUGGCAAUACCCGGUACGAAGAUGGCCGCCGGCGCCAAUCAGGUCGCGCAACAACCUGCUCCAGAGCCUCAAGCGCCGAACGACAUGAUCGCCUCGCUAAGGGAGGAGGACGACGAUGAAGAAGUUGCACAGGUCCACUCCUUCCAGAUUCGGAGUGAAGAGCGCGAAACGGUCAUUAAGCGCUGCCAAGAUCUAGGACUUCCUCUGACUGAGGAAUACGACUUCAACAACGACGAAGUCAACGCCACGCUCGACAUUGACUUGAAGCCGCAUGCCCAGAUCCGAUACUAUCAAGAGAAGGCGCUGAGCAAGAUGUUCUCCAACUCGCGCGCUCGCUCGGGCAUCAUCGUUCUGCCCUGCGGCGCAGGCAAGACGCUGGUCGGUAUUACAGCAGCAUGUGGAGUCAAAAAGUCCGUCAUCGUUCUCUGCACUAGCGCCAUGUCCGUCGUCCAGUGGCGCGCAGAGUUUCUGAAGUGGUCGAAUAUCAGCCCCGAGGAUAUCGCAGUCUUCACCGCCGAGAGCAAGAACCGCUUCCCGCGUAAUGCCGGUAUCAUUAUCAGCACAUACACAAUGAUCACCUCUAUGCGGAAUCGAUCGUACGAUUCAGAGAAGGUUAUGGAGUUUAUCCGGUCACGAGAAUGGGGCCUGCUAAUCGCCGACGAGGUACAUGUCGUACCUGCCAACAUCUUCAAGAGGGUCACUUAUUCCAUCGCAUCGCAUGCAAAGCUAGGCCUGACCGCUACAUUACUUCGCGAGGACGACAGGAUCGAUGAUCUGAAUUUCCUGAUUGGACCGAAGCUAUACGAAGCAAACUGGCAGGAACUCUCGGAACAAGGUCACAUCGCCAAGGUUCAGUGCGCGGAGGUCUGGUGCCAGAUGACGCCAGAGUUCUACGCGGAAUGGCUGAAGCCUGCGUCGGUGCACAAGAGGGCUCUCCUGUCUAUUAUGAACCCUCGGAAGUUCCAAGCUUGCCAGUUCCUCAUCGAUUACCAUGAGCGCCGCGGCGACAAGAUUAUCGUCUUCUCCGACAACGUCUAUGCUCUGGAGAAGUACGCAAAGAAGCUUAACAAGGCUUACAUCUACGGCGACACCCCGCAGGCCGAGCGGCUGCGCAUUCUGGAGAACUUCCAGCACAACGAGCUGGUCAACACCAUCUUCCUCUCCAAAAUCGGCGACACGAGUCUGGAUUUGCCUGAAGCGACCUGCCUUAUCCAAAUUUCAUCGCACUACGGUUCCCGCCGUCAAGAGGCACAACGGCUGGGUCGAAUUCUCCGGGCUAAGAGGAGGAACGACGAGGGGUUCAACGCCUUCUUCUAUUCACUAGUCUCCAAAGAUACGGACGAAAUGUAUUAUUCUUCCAAGCGCCAGGCUUUCUUAGUCGAUCAAGGCUACGCAUUCAAGGUCAUUACCCGACUUGAAGGAUUAGACCAACGCAACGAUAUAGCAUUCUACUCCGCACAAGAUCGACGAGAACUCCUCAUGGAUGUUCUUCUCGCGAAAGACACGGACGCCGCGGAGGAGAGGAUCGCUGGGGACAUGUUUGGGAGCAGGUAUGCGUCAACCGCGGGAAAAAAGAAGAAGAAGAACGGUGCGAGAAGGAUGGCUGGCACACUCUCGGAUCUGUCUGGUGGUCAAGAUAUGGCCUACAUCGAGUACAACAAGAGCAGGAACAAGGAUCUGAAGCAGAAGGGCGUAAAGAAUGACUUCUUGCGGAAGCUGGCGAGGGGCAGUGCGAAUGCCAAGAAGAAGCCUACGUAACCGGUAGCAGCUCGUCUUCAUGCUACAGAGAGGAGUCUAGCUUCCGCAUUCGGCCAGCGCGUUGGAGUAUGGACCGGUCGUUAGCUCGGUGUUAGUGCUCGCGCUUUGUUGCUCAUUGAUGGGAGAAUGGGACGAUUGCAUAUUGUACUGGCAUUGGGUGGCUUCUGGCGCAAUGAAGAGCUGUCAGCUCUGAUGGGCAUCUCUUAAUACCACGAGUGCUACUCGACUUGUAUUUCGAUAUUUAUCAUGGACCUGAAAUCUAGACGUAGCAUUAGGUGCUAAAAAAAAUGUAUUUUAUAUAGACCUC